GUGGAAGACAUAAGCGCCAAAAUUAGAUAAGAAAAAAUAAAGUCGUAUCGUACAAAAGCGCCAAAAUCGUAUCGUACACAAGCGCCAAAAUCCUUGGUACCUGUGUGCCACGGUUAAUAUAUGUUAAAUAACAGAUAUUAAAUUUAGAACUAUAUCGUUCAAAAACUCCAAAUGUUUAAUCUUAAUCGACAAAUGUCGACAAUUAGAUUAUAUAUCUGAUUACGAUAGAUUGUCACAUAGACAGUGUGUGGGCAGUUUUGUAUUAUAAGUUUAUAACAUAUUGUUAGUACCUACUUUGUACGCAUUCGUUUAAGCAUCAUUCGUUAAAAUGAAUUUCACAAAAACUUUUACGAAUAAAGGUGUAGUGUGUAUUUUAUUUAAAGAGUAAAAAUAUAGAUUUUUACGAGAAAUGGCCAGUGGUAAUGUGUCGUUGAGGUGUACCAAAAAAAAAUGUUCUGCUAGAAUACAAAUGGAUAAAUCUAUGACUACAAUUGUUAGUAUUAAUGGUGAGCAUUUACACGAAAUAGUGAACGAUCAUGAUGCCCAGUGUCAUAUUUUGCGCAAUAAUUGUAAAAGAAAAGCAACCGAAAAUAUAACGGACCGACCAUCGAAAAUUAUGCGUCACGAGUUGUGUGCUGCUGAAAGUACUGCAAUGGUUUCAGAUGAUAUUGGAAAUAUUCGAGUUUCAAUGUACAGACAACGACGUAAAUUAUUGCCGAAAACGCCUCAAUCAUUGGAAGAAGCUAUUAAUCAACUGUGGAAGAUAUUUACAUUUAAUUUACUGUCUACUACAAGUAAAACUUCAAAUUGCUAUGAAUCAAUGUGGAAAUACAUACAAAAAUUGUGUGAAAAAUAUAAUUUAGAAUUUUCUCCUAAAAUACUCCUAGUUGAUUUUGAAAAAGCAGCACAUGAUGGAUUUUUAGCAGUUUUUCCCAAUUCAAAAAUAAAAUGUUGUAAAUUUCAUUUAGGGCAAUCGUUGUUUCGGAAAAUUCAAAUCUUGGGUCUUCGAAAUGAAUACAUGAAGAACUCUGAAAUAGGGAUUUGGUUGAAGUCUUUUUUUGGUUUGGCUUUUCUUCCGUGCACCGAAGUAUCUGAUGCUUUUGCAGAUUUAAUGUCUAUCGCGCCCGAAGAUCAAACAAUUUUAAAAUUUAGUGAUUACGUUUUAGAAACAUACAUUGAUUCUAGUAUUUUUCCACCUAAAAUUUGGGCUGAAAUUCCGGAUAAUGAGGUUAUACGAACUACAAAUGCAGCUGAAUCAUAUCAUCGACAUUUAAAAGAUCAAUUUUAUUCGGCUCAUUGUUCCGUCCAUAUAGUAAUUGAUGUAUUAUUAAAAUUACAAAGUGAAACAUAUUUAUUUAUGAACUCUCCUCCUAACAAUAAAUUAAGGGUAUCUCACGAAGAAAUAAUUGUACAAUGGAAGAAAUAUCAGGAUGGUGAAAUAAAUCGUUUAGAAUAUGUGAAAAAAGUAGGAUUAAAAAAUCAACCAAUUUAUUAA